AAAGUAAACCAUAAUAUGUAGUUGUAAGUCUACAAUGUUUUUAAAUGUCUCUGUUUUUCAUCUCAACAGCCAGUGCUCUGACUUCUGUAACUGGUGGAUAUAGUAUCAGGCUGGUGAAUGGUAAUAAUGACUGCUCUGGGAGAGUGGAGAUCCUUCAUAAUGGUCAGUGGGGAACAGUGUGUGAUGAUUCCUGGGACAUGAAUGAUGCUGCUGUGGUGUGCAGACAGUUGGGAUGUGGAGGAGCUGUUAGUGCAAAGUCCCAGGCAUAUUUUGGCCAGGGAAGUGGUCAGAUCUGGUUGGAUGAUGUGAGAUGUUCAGGAAGUGAAUUAUCCCUCACACAGUGCUCACACAAUACUAUUGGAAUCCAUGACUGCAGUCACAGUGAAGAUGCAGGUGUCGUCUGCUCACAGGACAUAAGAUUGGUCAAUGGGUCUGAUUCAUGCUGUGGAAGAGUGGAGAUCCUUCAUAAUGGUCAGUGGGGAACCGUGUGUGAUGAUGGCUGGGACAUGAAUGAUGCUGCUGUGGUGUGCAGACAGUUACAGUGUGGAUCAGCCAUCAGAGCACCUCAAAGUGCUGCCUUUGGUCAAGGCAGUGGAUCGAUCUGGCUGGAUGAUGUUGGAUGCUCAGGAGGUGAAGGAAAUCUCACACAAUGUUCACACAGAGGACUAGGAAGGCACAACUGUGGUCAUGGUGAAGAUGCUGGUGUUGUUUGUUCAGCAGGUGACCUGCAGAAGCCCAAUCUUUCCCUGAUCUCCACACAUGCAGCUUGUUUCUCCUGGAGAAAACAUUCAGUUCAGAUGCACAACACCUAAAUCAAGAUGCAAUGCUGAUGCUGAAUUCCACCUCUUCAUAAAUGGAUCAUCUAUAUUAUCCUCUCAGAAACAUGUAUCUGGUGUGACUUUCAACCUUGUUAAUGUAGGCGUCUCACAUCAGGGCAGCUACAGCUGUAAUUACUCCUACAAAAACGGCACUAUAAAGUCACCUUGGAGUGACACUAUUAAAAUCACUGUGGUGCACUUGCAGCAGCCCAGCAUUCCCCGCAUAGCUCCUGAUGGACAGUUUGAUGUUGGGCCUCAGGGGUCAGUGAUCACCAGGGGUCACAGUUUCACUAUCAUCUGUUCCACUGAAUCUCAGUAUCCUGGAGGAUCCUUCUACCUGUUUAGAGAAGCAAAUAUCACCAGGAGUCAGUCAGCUGUCGAUCUGUCUGCCUCCUUCUACUUUCCUCAGGCAGAUUUUUCACAUGAGGGAAACUACAGCUGUGUUUAUGAAGUCAGUGUUUCUUCACGCUCCUUCCGUUCAUCUGCCUCUGAACUACUGGUCAUCACUAUCACAGUGCACUUGCAGCAGCCCAGCAUUCCCCGCAUUGCUCCUGAUGGACGGUUUGAUGUUGGGCCUCAGGGGUCAGUGAUCACCAGGGGUCACAGUUUCACCAUCAUCUGUUCCACUGAAUCUCAGUAUCCUGGAGGCUCCUUCCACCUGUUUAGAGAAGCAAAUAUCGCCAAGAGUCAGUCAGCUUUCGAUCACUCUGCCUCCUUCUCCUUUCCUGAGGCAGAUUUUUCACAUGAGGGAAAAUACAGCUGUGUUUAUGAAGUAAUUUUGUCCUCACGCACCUUCCGCUCAUCUGCCUCUGAACUGCUGGUCAUCACUAUCACAGUGCACUUGCAGCAGCCCAGCAUUCCCCGCAUUGCUCCUGAUGGACAGUUUGAUGUUGGGCCUCAGGGGUCAGUGAUCACCAGGGGUCACAGUUUCACUAUCAUCUGUUCCACUGAAUCUCAGUAUCCUGGAGGCUCCUUCCACCUGUUUAGAGAAGCAAAUAUCACCAGGAGUCAGUCAGCUGUCGAUCUGUCUGCCUCCUUCUCCUUUCCUGAAUCAGAUUAUUCACACGAGGGAAAAUACAGCUGUGUUUAUGAAGUCAAUUUUGUCCUCACGCACCUUCCGCUCAUCUGCCUCUGA